AGUAUAAUGAAAAAAUAUUGUUCGUUUUAUAUUUUUUGGCAUAUAACUUUGAUACUGGCUCUAAUUACAAUAAAGGAAAAAUUCUAUAUAACUGUUACUCAAAAGUAUUUGUCAUAGUUUUGCCUAUAAAUUCUGUUAAUUAUAGGUACCAAGAAUUUGAUGGAAGAAAAAUGUUAUUUUGUCAAAAUCAAAAUUUGAGAAAUUGCUAGACUACCUUUCUUAUUCUGCCAAAUGUAAAAAAAUCCAGCCACUCUAUUCUAAUUUAAAAGUAUUGACAAUUCGGAAAAUUAUUCGGAGAUUAUUAUCCUCAGAACUGUCCACCCAUGGCGCAUGGCCUAUGAACUUUUCUCUGUAGUAGAAAGUGAAGAAAUUUUUGUUUUGUCACAUAUAAGAACUAACAAGACUUGAUCGAUGAAGCGGGCUUUGGAACUGUUGCGCGAAUCAGAAUAUCUGAAGUCAUAUUGUCAGGGUGAUAGCAUUGUUACUUACGCGAAGUUUCUUAAAAAUGGCCGUAUAUUUAAGGAAGAGUUGCGCAAUAGUUGGAAAUUGCUGGGAUCAUGUUCAAAAUUAGAGCUAGAAAAUAUAACUAUCCCUGUGGAGGGAAAUUGUCUAUCAUUUUUACAAUAUCAAAACUUUGCAAAAUAUUUUCACAAAGAAUUUAAAAGUAAUAUAAGUCAACCAAUUGUGUUCCAAAGAAUCAACCUCGAUCCGAAACGAAAGCAGGAUUCACUUUUGCAAAUAAAAUCGUCCAAUACUGUUAGUUUAGUCCGUGAUUACUUUAUCCAUUCGUCUCGUGCACGUGACACCUACUAUAAUAUUCAGCGGGAGCGCAAAAUAUGGUGGAUGCGCUACUCUGCCGAUCCUAGUCGUUAUGUUGUAGGAACACUUGACCCAUCAAAAUAUAUCGAGGGCUGUCUUGAAAAUUAUUGUCAGGCCGUAACGAUCAAGUCGCUAUUUUCCGACGACGCUAUCAUAAUGGAGACAAUAGUCUGGGCAGAGCUAAAUCCGACAAGGAAUGUCAAUAAUAUUUCAAAUAUUGGAGUCUCAGUUGUUAGAUCUGUUGUUGAUUUAAAUUUGGCAACGAUUGCUACGUGGACGUAACAUUUCGAUGUAUGGAGAAGACAUGCGAAGUCUCAUCAAUUACGGUCAUAUUGCAAAGCUAAAACGGCAGAAGAGGUUUGGGAUUCUUUGUUAAGCGCAUACGAAGACAAUGGAUUGACCUGAUAAGUGGAACUCUUGAAACAUUUGGGUUAACUAAAGCCUGGUGAUUUUUCUUUAAUGCAAUUCUGGAGGAAAUAAUUGAAAUGAAUUGUCAAAUUUUCCGGAAACAGGAAAGCAUAUCUCCCCAAAAGAAUUACCAGCGAUUAGAGAACCGGCAGUAACUCUACAAGCGGUGGUGAUAUUUUUCUGGAAACUUCUAGGAAUAGUAAUGCUCAUAAUGAAGAAACUUUAUGAUAACCAAUUCCGGAAAGUGCCAGUCUUCGACUUGCCGAAAGGAUUGCUAACUGACCUAAACGUUCUUUGGAUUUAGUGCAAUGGAAUUCGUACUUGAUCAUCCGAUUAAUAUAGCAGAAGUAAAUACAUCAUAUUCCGAGGAGUUGAAUCAAUCUAUGAAAGAAGAAUACGAAUCGUUAAUUGCCAAUUGAUUUAGCUGCCAAGUACAGUUUGAAAAUGCUAAAAAAUGAAUGCGGUUACAGCUUCUUUAAACGGCACUCGAAAGGAGGAGAUCCAUAUGGAACAGCCCAAAGGCUUGCUCCUGGACAGCGCAGCUCAUGGACUUGAAAGAAAUGUUCUGAAAGUAAAUCAAAAACUUGCUCCAUACCAGUGCCUCUUAGUGCCUUAUGAAGAUGAUGACGCCAUAAUUGAACUUUGCAGUCAUCUACAACAUGUUUUGCAGCGUUCAGGACUUAGAGUGUACAAUUUAGAGAUUAGUACUGCUAAAAAUAUUACUAGUAUAUUAAGUAAGGCUGAUUUACUGGGAAUUCCUUUUACCAUAAUAGUGAAGAAAGUUGCCUUAAAAACAGGACUUUUGCGGUUGCGAAAUCGAGACACUACCCUAUCGGAAACUGUACAUAUAAGUGACUUGUCGCCUUACAUAAAUUCAAUUUUUAAAGAAUGAAAAUAAAUUUAUUAUGAAUA